AUGAUCCGGAUAUAUCUCAGGACAUCAUUGGCUGGCAUCAAGAAUGAUGAACUGUCCAGUCUCGUCACAAGUUCCGGCAGGCUCUUCAUUUACGCAGCCACUGCCAUUCGUUAUAUCACCAGCGGUGGUGGGGACUAUAAGCGCCGUCUUUCCGCAAUGCUGAGCCUUGGCCAGAAAUCCAUCAACAAGUUCGAAGCUGAGAUUGAUUCUCUCUAUGUUCAUGUCUUGGAAAAGGUCUGUGAAGACAAGGAGCUGGAUGAAGUUGAAGAUAUGAGAAAUGUCUUGUCCAUCACCAUAUUCCUUCAAAAUCCGUUGUCGAUGGAAGCCAUCACAUCUCUAUCACCAGAAAGCGACGUGCAGUUGUAUUUGUCAUGGCUCACCUCUGUUAUUCACAUUCCUGAUCAACCUGGGGCUGUCAUUGCUCCAUUCCAUGCCUCAUUUCCUGACUUCAUCACCAAUCCAGUCCGGUGUUCUCCUGAGCGUUGCCCAUCAUUUCCUUCACUGGUUGCUUCCAAGGGUCAUACACUGAUUGCUCUCAAAUGUUUGAUGCUGAUGAACAAGUCACUGAAGCACAACAUAUGUGAAGUCCCCAAAGAAUUGAUAUUGUCACGCAGAGACAGGGCCAACUCUCUAGAGAAUGCUGGCAAAAUUUCUGAAGCGCUCAAAUACUCAUGCACUUAUUGGGCUGAUCAUUUAGCAGAGGUCAAAGAAUUUGACUCUGUACUUGUUGACACUCUUGGUGUUUUUCUGCACAAGCAUCUUUUGCACUGGAUAGAGUGUCUCAGCAUACUGGGUGAGCUGCAGACUGGACUGAAAUCCCUGAGUAGCAUAGCCACUGUUUUAUUGUUACUUGUUCACGAUGCCUGCCGGUGUUUACAAAUGAACUUUGAAGCUGUCCAGAAACAUUGCAUGGAGAGCUAUGAGUCUGCACUUAUUUGGAUUCCAAAGAAUUCAUUGAUACGCAAGACCUACACUGCCCAUGUCAGCAGAGUUCCAAAAGUGACUCUUGGAUUAUCAGACUUGUGGGACCCUGCAGAGCUGAUCAUGCAAAAUGGGUCACUGGUACUAUCUGUUGGAUUCUCACACGAUGGCAGCCGAGUUGUCUCUGGAUCGAGUGACAGAACUGUCCGAAUUUGGAAUGUGAUGACAGGUGGGGUGGAGGCUGAGCUGAAGGGCCACACAGAUCAGGUGAAUUCUGUCGCAUUCUCACAGGAUGGCAGCCGAGUUGUCUCUGGAUCACAUGACGAAACAGUCCGAAUUUGGAAUGUGAUGACGGGUGAGGUGGAGGCUGAGCUGAAGGGCCACACAGAUCAGGUGAAUUCUGUUGCAUUCUUGCAGGAUGGCAGCCGAGUUGUCUCUGGAUCAGAUGACAAAAUGGUCCGAAUUUGGAAUGUGACCACAGGCAAGGUGGAGGCUGAGCUGAAGGGCCACACAGAUUGGGUGAAUUCUGUUGCAUUCUCACAGGAUGGCAGCCGAGUUGUCUCUGGAUCAUCUGACAAAACAGUCCGAAUUUGGAAUGUGAUGAUGGGCAAGGUGGAGGCUGAGCUGAAGGGCCACACAAGUUGGGUGAAUUCUGUUGCAUUCUCACAGGAUGGCAGCUGA